AUGUAAUAAAUCGAAGUUAUUUGCUUUGGAUUGGCUGUUGAAGUAGAACGAUUAUAGUCUCUCAAUAAACAACUUAAUCAAGAUAUCGAUCAAGCAAAUCUUCAAAAUAAAAACUCACAAACUCUCAUUGACCAAUAAACUAUAGAAAUCUAAUUACUUCAGACAAAAUUAGAUGACAUCAAUACAGACUAAAUCAAACUAUUAAAUCAAUACAAAUCUUUAUAAUAAUAACAUCUUCAUAUAACUGAUCUAAUUAAUUAAAUUACAGCUGGCCAAAUAACCUUAGAAUAGUUAAAGGAAUUGAUAGAUGAGCUCAAAAACAGAUCCAUUUUAUAUGAUGAAAUUUAAGAAUUACUAUAAGGAUAGGAUCUAUAAGAUGUGAUCUCUAAAGCUGAAUAGUUUUAAUUGUAAUGCAAUAUAAAUUAAGAGUUGAGAGAUUAAUUAGAAUAGUAUCCUGAAAUUGUCAUCAAACUCAAUUAAGAUUUGGAUAAACAUAAAUAGGAUUUAUUCAAUAAUAAGUAAUGUAUUACCAAUAUGGAAUAAACUAUUCUAAAUCUUAAUUAAGAAAUACAUAUCUUGAAAUAAUUAAUAGAAUAAGAGUAAUAUAAGAACUCUUCAAAUCAAUCCUAAAUGUCCCUAUCAUUAGAAACUUAAUUAAAUGAACUCAGACUUAAAUUAUCUUAAAAUGAAUAAAAAACUGAAGAAUUAGAAGAUGAAGUUGAAUAAGUCAAUUUUUUUAAAGCUUAAAUGGAAUCAUAACUUUAAGAAAUUCUUAAAGAAAACAAUAAAAUUCUUAUUGAUAAAGAAAAGUUAACAUCUGAUAAUUUAAGUCUUAAUACACUUAAUGAGAAUCUUUAAUAUUAAUUGAAUAUAUAGAUAAGUACAAAUUAAGAUUUAAAUACUUAAAUAAUUAGAUUGGAAGAUUAAGUUAGAUUGUUUAAGAAUUAAUUAGCAGAAGAGAAUGAUCUAAAAAUUUAAAUUAUACGAUUAGAUGCUUAAAUAUAAUCUUAAUAUGAAAGAAUAUAAAUGUAAGAUAAUGAAAUAUAAGAUUUAAAUCUUAAAAAUUAAGAAUAUAAAUAAAACAAUUAAUAAUCUUUAAAUAAAUAUUAGGAUCUCUUUAAUUAAAAAGAUAAUGAAAUUUAUAAUCUCAAAUAGAUACAUAUAGAACUUUAAGAUCAAAUAUCUGAACUAUAAAAUUAAAUCAAAAAUCUAAAACUUUAAUUAUAAGUUGAUGCUGAUGAAAUAAAUUAACUUAGAAUUUUACAUUCAUAAUUUUAAGGAUAGAAUGAUUCUUCUAAUUCUAUAAUUAUUAAUUUCUAAACUUAAAUUUAAUAAUUUAAUUAAGAAAUUUAGAAUCAUAUCCUUAAAAUAUCAUAAUAAGAAACUAUAAUAUUAAAUUAAUAAUAAUAAUUUAUUAAUGAAAAAUUAGAGCUUUAAAAACAUUACUAAUAAAUUAUUGAAAAACUCUAAGAUGAGAAUAAAUCAUUAUUGGAUUAAAAUGAUUAAUAAUUUCAAAGUUUGGAAGAUUAAGGUAAUCAAAUUUUAUCACUUUCCUCUGAAAAUUAAGAUCUAUAAGAGAUAAUUGAUUAAAAAGAGCAAGAAAUAGAUAAAUUAAAUCUUUAUGUUAAGAAAUAAUAAGAAAUUCAUGAAGGUAAUAUCAAAAAGAAUGAAGCAUUUGAAGAAUAAAAUAGAGAAUUAUUAUUUAAAUAGAGUUCAUUUUAAAAGACUAUUAAGGAUUUAUAAACAUAAUUAGAGGGUUUUAAAUUGGAAAUAAUUGAAAAAGAUUAACUAAAAUAAAAGAAAUUAUAAUUGGAAUAAGAUAUAAACAAACUAAAUUAAUUAAAUGCAGAAUUAAAUUAAUAAAUUUCAACUAUGAAAGUUGAAAUAAAUAAUUAUUAAAUUUAAAUAAAUAAUUUAAAUUUAUAAAUAAACAAUAAUGAAAUUGAAUUAAGAAGCUCAUUUUAAGAAAAUAAUUCAUCUGAGAAUUAAAUUAAAGAAUUAUUUAUAAAAAUUUAAUAACAAGAAAUUAUAAUUAAUUAAUAAGAUUCAUAAAUUAAAGAAGAUGAAUUUAGAAUUUAGUAACUUAUGGAUGAAUUACAAAAACUUAAUUAAAAAAGUAAAGAUUAUUAUAAAAAAUUUGAAGAAUAAGAGAUUUUUAUUAAAUAAUUAUAGGUAGAAUUAAAUGAAUUAAGUAAUGAUAUAAAGAAAUUAGAAAAUGAAUUAGAUCUUAAAGAAUAAGAAUAUAAUGAAUUAGAUGAUGAAUAUAAUCAAAUUUGGAAUUAAUUAAAUGCUUUUAAAAAUGAUUAAUCAAAGUAAUAUUCAGAUACUUAGAUUCAAGAAUUAAAAUAAUAACUAACAAAUUCAAAAUUUGAAUAAGUCAAAUUGCUUGAGGAUUUAGAAAAAUUAAAGUAAUAAUUAGUAGAUAAAGACUCAUAACUUAAUUAAAAGGCUAUGGUUAUUGAUAAAUUUAAUGUUAAAUCAAUGAAUUAAAUAAAUGAAAUACGUUUAUUAAAAUAAGAAAUUGAAAAUAAUCAGAUUGUAAUAGAAAAUUACAUAUAGAAAAUUUCUAAACAGGAAUAAUAUAUUUAAGAUCUUUUGAAAUCUUUAGAAAGUGAGAAAUAAUGUUAAAAAUCUCAAGUAAAAGAUAAUACAGAUAAUUAAAGAGUUUUUGAAUUACAAUAAUUAAAUAUGAAUUUAAGCAAAGUUAUAGAUGAAAAGACAUAAAAAAUAUAAUAAUAAGAAUAAGAAAUCAUAAUACUCAAUGAAAAAAUAAGAGAAACAUAGAUUUAUAUUAGAAGUAUGGAAAUUUAAUUCAAUGAAUUGAAAUUAAAAUAUGAAUAAUAAAUAUAAUUGCAGACAACUUAUUAGAAAUCUAGCUUCAUUUAAAAUUCAGAAGAUAAUUUUGAUGAACUUUAAUAAAAGUAUCAAUAACUUUAAUAGAAAUAUGUUUAAUUAUAAAGAGAUUACUAAUCAUUAUUAAAUAAUUAAACAAAACUUGAAGAAUAUGAAAACAAAAUUGCAUUGCUUUCUCUAGAAAUUUCAAGAUAUAGAAAUUCAUCUAAGAAAAGUACACCAUUGAUUAAUAGAGAAGGUUCUUCAAGUGUUAAAACUAGUAAAUUUAACCUUGGAGAAUUAUAAAGUCCUAUUCAUGAAGAAUUGAAAAUAGAGUAAUCUAACAGUAGUCAAAUAUUAAUUCAACCUUUUAAUAAUCCUAAAAUAGAAGAACAAUAUGGACUUAUGGUAUUAUUAUUUGCUGAAAUUGAAGCACUAAGAAUGUAAGAUAGCAAUAGAUAAACAAUUUAAGAUGAUAAAAGUAAGGUUUCAUGUCUUAUGGAUUAUUACAGAACUAAAAAGCCUGCAUGA